UAAAGGCUUGUUUGUUUCACUGAAGUAAGAGAAAGAAUGGAGUCGUUUCAACGAAGGAUGUUACUCAAUGUAAUCCUCUUGAUCCUUUUGACAAACUGCGUCACUAAGGGGGAAAAGAGGCAACCUCACCUAUCGGUUGACGCCCACUUACAAUCAAUAGCCGAUAUGCUGGGAAAUCCAAGAAAGGUAGAAGAAACUAAUGGUAUGAAGGCCUGGCUUAACAGAUUAGGUAAACGUUGGAUCAAUACACCCCAGUUAAACCGUAAUGAGGACGGUUUUGAAGGAUUUAAUGAGCAAUUCAAGAAAAGAAAACUUCUACAAGAUGUGUAUUGACAUUACCAUUAUUUAUCAUAACUUCUCAUUUAAUAUUCAACUAAAGAAAAUUAAUUAAUGAAAACAAAUACAUUAUUACUAAUCUUUAAAUAUCAAGUAUGAAUAAAUUUAUUCACUAAUUAAGAUAUAUCUUAAAAGGAGGAAAACAAAUAGAAAAGGCAAAUUGGCAAACAGGGAAAAUAGUCGAAGAAGAUAGGAACACCGGGAUAGAGAGAGAGGGAGGGGAGGAGAUGUGGCGGGAGGGGGGUGGGG